AUGACUGAAACUCCUCUACUGAACAUUCCUUCCUCAAACCAGAGAGAGAAAAAGGGCAACUUAAGUACUUGCCCAGACUUGGAGGACUGGUGGGUAAUCGUGUAUUAUGUAGUACCCAAGUAUAUUGACACCAUCUGCAUUCUUGGAAUGCUUGGAAAUAUAUUUGUUCUCUUCACUUAUUUCUUACACAAGAGUCCCCUGAAGAUAGCUGAAAUCUACCUUAUGAACCUAGCUGUUGCUGAUCUUAUCUUCCUCAUGUGCCUCCCUUUCUGGGCAGAGAAUAUCAGGAAUGAGUUUAAGUGGCCGUUUGGCAACUUCCUUUGUCGCAGCACCAGUGCAUCCAACAGCCUGAACAUGUACACCAGCAUCUACUUGCUCGUGGCAGUCAGCGUGGAUCGCUAUUUGACUUUUGUUCAUACCUUGAACCACAGAGGGAUACGGAGGAGAGCUGUGGCCAGAAGGAUCUGCUUGAUCACCUGGUUCUUUGGCAUCCUUCUCAGUGUCCCGACCUUUAUGUUUCGGACUGUGAAAUACCUUCCCGAGUGGAAUAUUUCAGCGUGUGCUUUAGACUUCCCCACCCCAUCGUGGAUAACAGCUGAAAGCCUGGUACUCAACAUAGUGGGGUUUGCCUUGCCAUCUGCAGCCAUCAUCUUCCUUAAUUUCUCUACCAUCCGCUCCCUACGAAAGAAAGCAAGGGAACGAAGAGCACUCAGAACAAGAUGUUGCAAGGAGCACAAAGGCACAAAGGCUACCUGGCUUGAUACCAGCUGUUGCUUUACAGAAAGGAAUGGCUAUCUGAGACAUCAUUUUAAAACUCAGCACAUCAAAGAUAUUGAAAACAUCAGGAUAAACUUGAGCUGCAAAAUGGUUUCUAUCAGAACUGAAAAUGUUACUCAACUUUACAGCAUCGUGGCCACCCAGGAGCUCACAGUCAGUCCAGCAAAUUUCCGCAACCAUUCAGGAGCACAUCAGCUUUAUCAAUAUGAAUGUGUUAAUGCAGAAAUAUGGAAAUGGCUACAGGAUUAUCAGCCUGCAUUCCUCUGGUUUAUAUUUAUUCUGGGAGGAAUAGAAAAUUCCUUUGUCCUCAUCGUCCUGUGUUUCCACAAGAGUCGCUGCACAGUGGCUGAAAUUUACUUAGCAAACAUGGCACUUGCUGACCUAUUGCUAGUUUGUGCUUUACCAUUUUGGGCCAUUAAUAUUUCUAAUAAUUAUCAAUGGCCUUUUGGCCUGUUUCUCUGUAGAGCUGUCAACAUAAUGAGCAACAUGAACUUCUAUUCCAGCAUUUAUUUCCUGACACUAGUAAGCAUCGACCGUUAUCUGGCCUUGGUGAAAACCAUGUCUCUUGGACGGAUGCGACGAGCUGUCUGUGCCAAAUGGAACAGCUUUGUAGUCUGGUUGUGUGCAUUGCUCCUAUGUUCACCUUCAAUCGUGUUCAGAAAUUUACAGUAUUACAAAGAAUACAACAUAACAGCCUGUGGUCUUCUUUACCCAGCCAGCUACUGGGUGCCUAUCCAGAACUGCUUGCUGAAUACUGUGGGCUUUUUGAUCCCGCUCUGUAUAAUCUCCUAUUGUACUGCACAAAUUAUCAAAACCUUAAAAAGUAGUGAGGCACAAAAGCUGAAGGUCGUCCAGACAGAGAGAAAAGCCACCAUGCUGGUCCUUGCUGUGCUCUUGCUUUUCAUUGUUUGCUGGUUUCCAUUCCAGAUCACCACCUUCAUCAACACAAUCAGUUACUUCCUACCCACUUUCAAAUGCCUGGAAGAAAUCAAUGACAUACUGACUGAGAUCGCUGUGUACUGUGCCUUUAGCAACAGCUGUCUGAACCCAGUUCUGUAUGUAAUUGUUGGGAAGCAUUUCCAGAAGAAGGCUGUGGAAUUCUUCGAGGGACUGGUCCCAAAAAGAUGCAGAAAAUCAAAGUCUGUGCAGAUGGGAAAUUCCCUGGACACUUUAAGAACUUCUAUUUCAAGUGAAUACCCAAGGAAAAAGUCUGAUUUCCAAUUACAAAAAUAG